CGACCACAGGGUGUGGAAAACAGGGCUUCCCGUCCGCUCAGCCGUACUUAAGCCACACGCCGGUAGGUUAGUAGUUGGGUGGGUGACCACCAGCGAAUCCCUACUGUUGUAUGUUUUUUUAUUUAUUCUUAAUACUUGGCCGUCGAUUGAGUCCAGUAUUUUUUUUGUCUUUUUUGUCUUUUUAUUCUUUGUUUUCAAAAAUCUAUAUAUUGACAAUGCAGCGUCUCCGAGCAAUUACAGACCCGUCGUCUUCGCCCUCGCCCACCAAGGAGGAGAAUCCAUACCACCACCUACGCAUCACAGUGACCAGCGGAGGAUGCCAUGGCUUCCAGUAUCUGAUGUCGCUGGAGUCGGCAUCCAAGAUCGAUGUGGAAGAAGAUACAAUUUUCGAGGCUGAGGCCGAGGACGGUGUGCCUGCCGAAAGUGCAGGCGACGCAAAGGUCGUUAUGGACGAGCCCUCGCUGGAGCUCCUGUCCGGCAGCACGGUCGACUAUACCAUGGAGUUGAUCGGGAGCCAGUUCAAGAUCGUGGAUAAUCCGCGGGCAACGAGUAACUGUGGCUGUGGCACGAGUUUUGAUGUCAAGGAUUGAUCUGACCUGACCUUCCCUGUAACUACUAUAUAGCUAAUCUCCCUCCCUCUUGUACAUUAAAAUCAUUUAUAGACUUGAUUGAAAUGACCCAUCCUACUCUCACCAC